AUGGAGAAAUCCACACCCCGACCGCCCCGGAAGGACUCUCUGUUGAGUCGCCGAUACAUUGAAGGACUGAUCGCAGAAGGGAAACAUGUUUUUAUCUUUGAGGACCGCGUUCUCAAGGUGGAUGCUUUUAUCCAAUUUCACCCUGGCGGAGAAAAGGCGAUCAAGCAUAUGGUAGGCAGGGAUGCCACAGAUGAGAUCAACGCGUUGCACUCGAGAUAUGCCCGCGAUCUUAUGGCCAAGUACCAAAUCGGACGAAUCGAAGGAGUCUGGACAAACUUCCUCCCGCCAAUUCAAGGCGGCAAGUUUCGUCUUCAUACAGAGGAUGCUUGCUCAAGCGAGGAGGAUCUGAUGAGCCAGGACAAUACCAGUCAAGAAGGAUCUCUGCCCCCAUCACCGAUCUUUGAUGCGGUCGACGCGAAAUCAACGACCCGCCGAAGGAAGUACUCAAAUCCAGAUACCGCCCCUUCCACGCCCCCGGAGAAAGCAUCGCAACACAGACCAGCAUUCCUCGAUGCCCGAACAAAGGAGGAGGUCAUUUUCGAUACCGCAAAAUAUCCGUCGCUGGACCAGGCAAACCAGGAAAGCAUCAAAGCCAAAUACCGCGCGCUGAAUGAGCGUAUGCCAGCCGAAGGACUGUUCGAUUGCAACUACUCAGCGUAUAUGGUUGAAAGCUGCCGAUACAGUCUCUUUGCGGUCUUAUUCUAUGUAUUUCUCCGUCUGGGUUGGUGGGCGACCUCUGCUUUCUGGCUUGGGUGCUUAUGGCACCAGCUUGUUUUUACUGCCCAUGAUGCUGGUCAUAUGGGUAUCACACACAAUUUCCAUGUAGACACGGUAAUUGGAAUCAUCAUUGCAGACUUCAUCGGCGGAUUGAGUCUGGGUUGGUGGAAACGCAGCCACAAUGUCCAUCACAUUGUCACCAAUGCGCCUGAGCACGACCCUGACAUCGAACACAUGCCUUUCUUCGCUAUCACACACCGCUUCUUCGAUAGUCUUGACAGUACCUACUACGACCGUAACAUGACCUUCGAUGCUGUAUCAAAGGUUAUGCUCAAGAUCCAAAACUACUCAUACUACCCUAUUAUGGCGCUAGCUCGCUUCAAUCUUACCCGGUUGAGCUGGGAGUAUCUACUGAAGGGUCAAGCCCCGCAGAAAGGAAUGGCCUGGUGGCACGUUUGGCUAGAGUAUGCAGGUCAGAUCUUCUUCUGGUACUGGUACGGCUAUAUUGUCCUGUAUCAAACGCUGCCUGACUGGAACAGCCGGCUCGUCUUCUUGUUGAUCUCUCAUGUUAUCCCUUCGCCGCUGCAUGUCCAGAUCACCCUAUCUCACUUCGCCAUGUCCACGGCUGAUAUGGGUGUCCAUGAAUCAUUCCCUCAGAAGAUGCUGCGAACUACGAUGGAUGUUGACUGCCCUACGUGGUUGGACUUCUUCCAUGGUGGUCUCCAAUUCCAGGCCAUCCACCACCUUUACCCUCGCAUGCCUCGCCAUAAUUUGCGACAGGCCCAGAAGUACGUUUUGGAAUUCUGUAAGGAGACGGGUAUUCCCUAUGCCCUCUUUACCUUUUAUGAUGGUAACAAGGAGGUCAUCAGUCGACUAGGCGAUGUGGCCAAGCAACUUCGACUUAUGGAAGAAUGCCGCAAGUCGGUUGCUGCCGAGGGCGUGUUUUCGCAUCAUCAUUAA